AUGUCUUUCCUACGGAGAGCGAAUACGGGUUUUCUCUGCGUGCUUCUUGCUCUCGUUGUCAGCAUGAGUGUUAACCUCCUCACCGUCCGAAACAUGGCCCUGAAGACAUCUAACGACCCGGGACGUUAUAGUUACAGCGGCGACGACUAUCCGAUCCAGCUCCCUCUGUACCUUCCCACAGUUUCUCUGGUCUAUGAGAAUACCGAGCGAUUCGGUGUCUCAGAUCUCAGUUCGUGGUCUGACUGGCGUUCGACCGAUGCAUUCCCCAAGGGAAACGGGUUUGUGAAGCUCGGGCCUCAAGCUCGUUUGUUUGGUCUCAGCAUGUUUCAUCAACUUCACUGCCUGCAGAUGAUACGCCAUGCUAUUCUCGCAGGCGACGCUGAAGACCAUGUCCAACAUUGUCUCAAUAUGAUUCGGCAGGCAAUUCUGUGUGCCGCGGACACGACACUGGAUCCAUUAGAUGUUUCGAAUGAUGACGGCGCGCCCAUAGCCGCAGAUGGAGUUGGGCAGACGCACAUGUGCCGUGAUUGGGACAUGGUAUACCAGUUUGUGAACGACAAUCAGCUGAGCGAGGCGUGGAACGUAAGCAAAGAUGCAACGUAA